CACGCCAACCGAGAAAUCCUCCGCCACCAUGCGACGCGUCUAGAAUUGAUCAUGAUUCCCACAUGCAGCGACGUUUAGGACAAACAGUUCGCUGGACGCCAUCACAUCCCCAGCGCUUCUUGUCAUGAAGUGUGGGUAGAAUACUGCAACUAGUCGUGAGAUUGGGACCACGUUUGAUCCUCCCGCGAUUGCUAUUCUCAAUAUCAAGCGCAUCUUUUGACCACCACCACCACCACCACCACAACCGUCACCACACCACACCACUUCCCCUAUUUCACAGCCAACAUUCACCACUCCGUGCUUAUUGCGCAUGGGUAGGUCGACAUUCAUAUUUACCACAGUCUAGGGAUCCCCUGGCAGAUACCGACUGUCGAUCAUCCCUCGCAUUGGCAAAUCGAAUUGUGCAGUGCAGUGGCGGAUUCUAAGACCCUCUCAUUCUUCAACUUCUCUACCGCUGCCUCGAGGCUGGCGCCCGCUACACUGGCAUCCCUGCAGCGCCCUGCUUCAAAGUCCAUCCUUGUACAGAUCUCCAGUCUUGCACAAGACACCCCCAUCCUUGCUACCAGCAUUAGUGUGCAUAAUCCUAUUCGCCUUUUAUCUUCUCAACGAACAAGGAACUUUUGUCUUUGGGGACUGACAUUCAGAAAAGCAUAUUGGCGACUUGGGUCAAGUUUGUCUGAUCGCAGCGAAUGCGCAAUUCUCACCCUUCCGUCACCUUCGCGUCAGUGCAAAAUUUCAACCUGAUUUGCCCCAGCACGGAUUCUUCAGAAACCCGUUAGGAGUGUCUUGUCAGGCUGGCUGCUGGUGAGCGGUAUAGGGAAAAUGCGAUCGAAAGGGGCCAUUUGAGAUUGUCCAGAAGUCCGCUUUUCGGAGGAACCCCGUCAUUAUCUAACCAUGCCGCCGACAGAGACUACUGGAUCGUCCGGGCCACUGGCGGAUUACUUUUGGAUCGCUGGGCUGGAUACUCAGCAGCUCAUCGAUGCUUUCUCUCAGCCAAGAUGGUCGUAUCAGUCCCCUGACAAUAACCCUGUUGUCGAUUCGGCCAUCAAAGAAGAACCAUCGGCGGCGGAGAACGAUCAAUCAUCGAUUCUACAGUCGCCUCGAAAUUCCAUCCGUCAUGCCAGACACGACUCGUAUCAACGACUCUCGCAGCUUUCCGACGAAGCCAAAAGUGCAAUUCAGAGCCUUGAAGAGGCCACCCGUCCGCGCAGCAAUGGCAGUGUCGCCACCCUUCGGCCUGUUGCUCCGCUGCCGUCUGUGCGAAUGUCUUCUGCAUUCACCGAAGCCGAUUUCGAGAAUGCCAUCCAGAAGUUCACCAGCGAUCGAGAUGCCUUCUUUGUGGAUCUCACCUUCAGUCCAACUGAACCGUCCAAACCCUCUCGUGCCAAGUCACAAGCGAAGACGCAAAAGAUUGUGGCCCAGGACGAGCCGAGUCCGACCUUGAACCGCAACUUCGGCAGCAUCCGUCGACAUAUUUCUUUCAAAGAUAUGGCUAGUGCAAAACGGCAACCAUCUCUGGCUCGACGGGUGUCCACCAGAACCUCACGAAGAAUGAGCAGCUACAACUCGGUCAUUCCUAUUCCGGAGUCUCUUCACAGUUCGCCCGCUCAACACCCUCUGGCGCGGAAAUUCGAGCCUGUCCUUCUCGACAGAUAUCCUCGGUCAAAUACAGGCGAAAACUCCCAAGGAAGAUGUCGGUUUCCCGAUUAUGUACCCAUGUUUGCCUUUCCCAACGACAUCAGGGUCGUCUCUGCAGACAGCAAGCCGAGGUCGACAUGGCAUGAAUUCUCCAUGACUGCGGCAGAUAAUACAAGGCUGACCGGCGUCUGUGUCACAGUUUGGGUUCCUGUGAGCAAUCACAUUGCUUUGGAUUUGGAAAAGAAGUGUGAUGAGUGGCGAAAGGCACAUAUGUCCGAGGCGGAACGGGAAAUGGCGGCCUCGCUGGCUGAAAGACUUACAGUGGAGAGUACAAAGCUAUCUCAACUGCUCGCACAGCUUCCACAAGUGUCUCCUGAUUCAGCAGCAAGAGAAGAACUGGAAGAUGAAAUCAGCGCUGUCGAGGAAAAGAUUGCGGUUAUGUCGGACAUGCUGCGACCGUUACGGCACGGUUCAGUUUCAGAAAUCCAGGGCUUGUCCAGUAGUGAGACACGAUUCUGGAUACCGAGAGCCUACGGAAUCCUGGGAAAAGACAGCACAAUGGCCAGUUUCUACCGACAGUGGUUACGAGCAGUCGUAGUCCCCAUGACGGACGGCGGUAUUUUGAGAGUCCCAGCCAGUUCUCCCAAGGUUGGCAUGUGGCAACCCUUGGAGCAAUAUGUUGCUGCCUUGUGCCUCGACGCUCCUUUGCCGACGUCGUCCAAAGUCCAAAUCCAGACUUCGAUCCGCGAACUUCACCUCUACGCCAAAAAGCAGGCAGCAAACGAACUGCCAGGAAGCAGAACCACUGAUCUGUAUCCCUUGUUCAGAACUCUCACCAUCCCCAACAUCAUCCUUCUUUUUGAAUAUGUCUUGGCCGAAUCCAGGAUCAUCUUAUUAUCUUCCCAUACUUCAAUGUUGCAGCUGGUCAGCAAAGCCAUCUUGGAACUGAUUUGGCCCUUGGAAUGGACCGGAGUCUAUAUCCCUGUGCUCCCAUCACGGCUGGUUCAGGCGCUUGAUGCACCGUGUCCUUACAUCUGCGGCAUCAAUCGCAACUACGAAAAGUAUGACCUUCCUGAAGAUGACUAUGUGCUGGUUGACCUGGAUAAAAACGAGUUGCAUAGCACUUCACCACCCCCUUUCUUGCCCAAACAGCAACGGAGAAAACUCAUGUCUCUGUUACAUCAGGCGGCGCCUCUGCACCAUAGCUUUGGAGUCACGCCCGGUCCACCUGCUUAUGCCGUCGAGACAUUUCCGUUCGAUGCUUUCUCCGGCGAACUCGACACUGUCUUUACCGCGAUUGCCAGAUCGACAAAUCUGGACAAACUAGCCAGCCUUAGUUCAUCCUCCUUCGGUCCGCAUGCCGCGUCCGACACAAUUCGACGGGCGCCGCUGCUGAACGUUUUUCUUGCUUCAGGACCGACCAGAGGAAAAAGCAUUGAUCGUCCCAGAACCUCGUCAACCGCCCGUCAAUCCAGUCAGACAGGUUCGGACGGAUCCCCUGUGGGUGGAAGCUUUCCCCUUCCGCCGGCGUUGCGCAACGACCGCGACUCUGGAUAUGCCCUGCAGACGUCGCUCCGUGAGAAGAGAUCCGGCCAUUUCGAUUCACUCUCCAAGCGCAGCUUCUCUGGGUCGGCCCACAUGAUGCGCAAAUCCAGCCUUCCGUUCGUGCGACACAAUGCCAGUCCUUCAGCAAACUCGUUCUUAGAUGUAAGGAACGGGUCGUCCGCUUAUGCGCCUUCAGUGUAUGCUCAGUCAACAUUGGCAGCAUCGACAAUCAUGCCCGGCAUGCUUGUUCAGCCAGCAGUGAACUCUCCAGGGACAUACUAUGUCGAAGGACACUGUCUUCAAUGGAAGCCUGCCGACGGUCCAUCAACUUGUGUGCUUUGCGAUGAAAGGGCACAGAAUGGGUACUACAGAUGUUCGGGUUGUGGCUUCGUGAUCCACGACCGCUGUGCACCUCAGAUUACGGUGGUUUGCUCGGCCGCUUUCUACCCUGACCAGAUCCGGGCGGCGUUUGUGCGAUGCUUGGCUAGCCUGUUUUACACGUAUCGGAAGUUCAUGAGUCCAGCCCCGCCGUCCAAGCAGAAGGUUGGAGCGGUGUAUUCGUUCGAUCAUGAAGGGUUCGUCAGGAGCCUUCCGCCGGACCAUUCUGCUUACAUGCAGAUGCUGGAACAAACCCAAGCCUGGAACGAGUUCAUUCUUGAGCGUGAGGAGACGGCGUCGAGUCCAGAGAUAGCCUUGUUUGAUGCCAUCAUCACAGCGAAACGCGGUCGUGCUGGCCUGCUGCGGUCCAGUUUGCCCACCAUUGGCCGAAACCGCCGAAGCUUUGUGCAGCGGUCGGUGUCUGCAGCAGGCCUUCCUACUCAGGCGGAUGUUUUGUCAGAUACAUCCCAGCAUCAAUGGCGGAUCGUCUCUGUGCCCGGCAGUUCAGAAAGAACAGACUUGGGUGCUGCAGCUAAGGGGCGGGACUACCACACCAUCAUUACCCGGAUCCCGUCGAAACUGGAAGAAGGUCUGUUCAAACAGAAGCAAGAAGAAAAUGUCCCGGACUUGCCGACCAUCCGCAAAAAGUCAAGACCCAAUCUCCUCAAUGGCAGGAUGAAUGGGCUGAGCAUGAACGCACCAUGAUUGUCCUCGAGCGAACUUGUAUUGUUAUGCCCACUGCCCUCCGUACUUCAUGGGCUGCCUUGGAGAUGGAGAUUUGGUCUGUUUCAACUGACUCUCCGACGAGACAGGAGAUUGCCGGUACUCAGCGAGCCGCGUUCGCCCAUAGAGCUACGCCAUUGGAUAGCAAGCUGACCCAGUACCGCCCUCCCGUCGCGUUUGAGACUAGUUUUGAGGUCUUCUAUUCCUUCCUGGACUCCUUCCAUUUGCUCUACCAAAAAAGCAAUCUGUAUGAUAUCGCGCGGGUUAAUAAUUGGCUUUUGGGGAUGGCCCUGGUUUUUCUCAUCCUUUUCAGGGGCGGCAUGGGCAUCCCAGUAGUUCAGCGAAGUUGACUUAAAGGGCGGUUUGGACUGCAACUUUGCCUCUUCAAGCACAAUUGUAAUGUCGGACACGUUUUCCAAUUGCGCUUCCAGUGCAUACCGCAGUAACGUCGUCCUGCCGUACGGGCCGUGGGUUUUGUCUGGGACCUCUUUCGGCGGCAGUUCGGUAGCUUUGGUGCGCACACUCAGACACGGCUGGGCGAGGAACUGGUACAAUUUUCGGAACGAGCGCACCCUCCCACUGGUAGGGGCAUGUGUCUGUCCGCCGUCGCCGGAAAUGGUCUCUGUGUACGUGACGUUAACGGCGAGGACGUGGUUGCCUUCUUCCUUGAGAUCGAAGCGGGCGAUUGUCUGCAGAGCCGAGCCUGGGCGGCCGUCAUCAUGGCCAUCAACUCGUUCCGUCGGGCUUGCUAUGUGGAGGUCCAACGGGAUUGACUGGGAGGGUGUCUGCAUUUCAGCCAAGAUCUUUGUUCCGGAAACGGUUUUGGUUGGUGUCGUUGUGGUUGUGGUCCCGGUCCCAGUCGGCCCCGGCGGCAAAAGUUCGUUGUUGGCGCACAGCACGCAUGAAAAUGUCUCGCCUACGUGCGCGGAACCGAAGGAUGGCGGCAGGGCUAGGUUGUUGGAUAUUAUGAACUCCUGGUCGACUAGUUUGGACGGGUAUGCUAGGGAGGAGAUAUGGGGGAUUUUGGUCUCGGUCUCGCUUUCGUGCGGGAGUGGGUGUUGGAGCGCCAGGGAUGGUCGGGACAGCCUAGAUUGGAUGAGAGUUGGAUGAUGAAACACAUAACAAACUGGUGGAUUCAGGAUGAAAUUCAGGAAUCAGAGUUGGAUUGUAGUGCCCAGAGGUGUGGUGAGGUGGUUUGACUGAUCGUAGUUGGGAGAAGCACAGUACCUUAACACUUUGACGUUGUAUUAGCAGCAGCCUCAGGUACCUUGGGCAAAGAAUAUUGGAUUGUAAUACAAUAAACAGAACAAAAGAGAGCAGAUGAACACAGGAAAGAAUUGAGUACAGUUACAGUCCG